GCAAACACGUCUAUCUUUCAGAUCAGUUGUGGACUUGGAGCUUAAUGAAGAAAAGAGGAAGAGGGAAGAGUGCAGAACACAGUGAGCCUCUUUAUUCGUUGCAACAUGAUGUAUCUUUUAUACUUCACCUUGCUUUUGGCUUGUUUCUCUGUUUCUGAGGCACGAGAAAUCUGGAUUGCAAUGGAAAAUGAGGCAUUUGCUGUAGAUUGUCCUGAUACUCUAUCUUCUGAGAUUGUGACUUGGCAUCAUCUUGGAGAGCACAUAUCUACAGACAAAAGAGCAAGAGUACAUUCUGUUGGGAAACAGCUUUGGUUUCUGCCAACAUUCACUGAAGACUCUGGAGAUUACAAUUGUAUUAAACAUAAAUAUGAUCCCAAUACGUCUGAAACUGUGAGAGUGACAAUACAGCAACACAGACAAGGAAUUUGUUAUUACGAGGAUGCUCUCUAUAUAGAAACAAGAGGAAGUUCUGGAUCUGGAAGAAUUCCUUGCCCUUCUUUUCAUAGCUAUAAGGAUGCAUCUGAUAUCAAGUGGUACAAGGACUGUGAAUUCCUUCAGGGACCAAGAUACAGAAUACAAAAUAAUAUGCUUUACAUUCAUAAUGCUACUUCCCAAGACAAUGGGAAAUAUACGUGUCAAUUUACAUACAGCCAUGGUGGGAAAAUGUUCAAUGUAUCUGCAACAAGGAACUUUCGAAUUCUUGGGUUGUUGUGAAAGAGAAACUCAAGUAUGUAGUACACCACUCUGGGCUCCUUGGAGGAAGAGCAGGAUAUAAAUGUAAAAAAAUAAUACAAGAAAGCCUUCGAUUCAUUGCCUCACACAUGGAUACUAAAAUGUUUAGAAACAACUGGUGUCAGCAAAAACAUUCAGAUAUUUAUUUUAAAAAGCAAUGAGCAUGUGGUGUACACAGUUAACAAUCAAUGGCGAGACACUUGGACAGGUUAGCAUUAGAAGAGGCAUUUUCCAAGGGGACUCACUAUCCCCUCUGUUGUUUGUAAUCGCCAUGACCCCACUUUCACAAAUACUAAACAAAACAGGCCUCAGAUACCAAACAUCUAAAACAUCAAGUCAAAUAAAUCAUCUGCUGUACAUGGAUGAUCUGAAGUUGUAUGGAAAGUCCAAGUCAGAAAUUGAAUCACUGCUGAACAUUGUCCAUAUAUUCAGUAGCGAUAUAGCAAUGGAGUUUGGACUAGACAAGUGUGCUGCAUUAAUAAUGAACAGAGGAAAAAUAAGAAAAACAGAAGGAAUAGAACUGCCCAAUGGAAGCAACAUCAAGAACCUGGAAGAGAAAGAACCUUACAAAUACUUGGGCAUUCUCCAGGCUGAUAACAUCGCACACACUGAAGUUAAAAGAAAAAUUGGAAGUGAAUGCAUCAGGAGAAUUAGAAAAAUCCUAAAGUCUAAACUCAAUGGCGGGAACACCAUACAAGCCAUAAAGACCUGGGCUAUACUGUACCUGUUAUCAGAUACACUGCAGGAAUAAUAGACUGCAUCCAGGCAGAGCUAGAGACGCUAGAUAGUAAGACCAGGAAAAUAUUGACCAUCAAUCAUGCUCUGCACCCCCGCAGUGAUGUAGAAAGGUGAAUUAUAAAUGUAUAAAUAAAUAAAUAUAAUAAUAAUAAUAAUACA